AUGUCUAUUGGCUGUCAUGUACAGCAGCUCCAUGAGACUGUGAAAAGAAAGCUUGAUAGUGCUGCUUCCCCUCAGAAUGGAGACCAGCAGAAUGGCUAUGGUGAUGUAUUUUCUGUGUCCAAGAAACUCCGUCGUGAUGAUGGUCUGGGUGGAGUGAGUGGUUCUUCCAAUGGAAUGCCCCCUGUGUCUCCACUCCAUCAUCUUGACAAGAAAUCUGGCAGCGGAGAUACCUUGCAACUCAAUGGAAAACAUCCGAUGGGGCUAGAUGGCAUCAGCAAGAAGUGUCUUCCAGAUUCCAGCCUGCAAAUGAAUGGAGGUGGUGAUGCUGAUGACUCAUUUCCUCUGAGUUUGAACAAAGAACUGAAGCAGGAGCCUGUGGAUGAUCUUCCAUGUAUGAUUGCUGGAACAGGGGGUUCUAUAUCUCAGAAUAACUUGAUGCCUGAUCUUAAUCUUAAUGAGCAAGAAUGGAAGGAACUUAUUGAGGAGCUUAAUAGAUCAGUGCCCGAUGAAGACAUGAAGGAUCUCUUUAAUGAAGACUUUGAAGAGAAAAAAGAUGCAGAUUCUUCAAAUUCAGCUGCACAGACUCCAUUGCCACAAGAUAUUAACAUAAAGACUGAGUUUUCCCCAGCACCCUUUGAACAGGAACAGAUGGGAUCUCCCCAGGUGAGAUCCACUUCAUCAGGUCCAGCAUUUAUUGGUGCUGCUUCUGUACCUGUAAGUGCUGCUUCUCCAGCGGUUGGUAGUUCUCAGGCGAUUUUUCAGUCUUCCAGUCAGUCAAUGACUGAAAAUCCUAAUCAGCCUGUCAUGCAGGCAUCAAACCACUCUCAGAAUGUCCAGAGGCCUCUCCCCAAUGUCUUGUUACCUGGGAAGGGCGCAGGAAGUGCCAAAGAGAUGUCUUCUGCUCAUCAACUUCAGCAGAUUGCUGCCAAGCAGAAGAGAGACCAGAUGUUGCAGAACCAGCAGCAAGCUUCCCAAGUCCACCAGACAAAUCAGCUGUCUACGUGGCAACAGUCUGGGCCUUCUCAUAGUCCACUGGCUGUCCCAUAUACCAUGGAAAAUCCCACCAGCCCAUCAGUUUACCAGUCAGACUUCAACAAUCAGAAACUCAUGAUGCCUAAUAUGGGAAAUAAAAGCUCACCAAGAGCUGGAGGCAGUUACCAUGUGAACAUUUUAGGUCAUCAGCAAAACAGCUUGAACCAGAACCCUGUGAAUAGUCAAGGCGCUAUGCUGGACUAUGGGAACACCAAACCUCUUUCACAUUACAAAGCAGAAUGUGAACAGGGGGUUACCAUACCUGCUCAGAACAAGACUCCCAUGUUGGCAUACAUACAACAGCGCCAGCAGCCACCGCUGUCUCACGUGAGCGAUGACCAAAAUGGGAUGAUCCUGUUGAAACCCAAGUCUGGAAACAUUGCCUACCGACUACCGCACAGUCAGGAUCAAAACCCUUCUCCUAACGUUCCUCGUGUUCCCGUUUCUGUCCCGGGCCCUGGCAUGGGUGCCCAGGCCCCCAACGUUUCCAUGGCAGGUAACCACAGCAACUCACCUUAUCUCAGCAAUCAGCAGCAAGCAGCAGUGAUGAAGCAACACCAAAUUCUGAUGGACCAGCAGAAGCAGAGAGAGCAGCAACAAAAGCACUUGCUCUUGGAGCAACAGAAGCAGCAGUUCCUAAUGGAGCAGAGACAGCAACAUCUUUUGGCUGAGCAGGAGAAACAGCGGCAGCAGCAAGAGCAACAGCUACAGCGGCAUUUGACUCGACCACCUCCGCAAUACCAGGAUCAAUCGCAGAAUCUGUACCAGCAACAGGUUGGACAGUUCACAGGGUCAUCUUCAGCCAUGCCCGGGGUGAGUAAUUUAGGACAGUCCAGCUCCAGUAGUCCACGGAUGUUUCCUCAGACCCAGAACAUGAUUCAGAUGGCACCUGGACACAGUUCUGUUCCUCCACUGCAGUCGGGCUCCAGUCAGCAGGAUCGGGGGGUGACUCAGUAUACCAAUAUGCAAAACAUUCAGCGAGGGGGAUUAUACAACUUGGCGUCUAGUAUGACACAAAUGGUUCCCCAGCAUGCAACACAAAGUGCCAAUGGACAGCCACCGAUGCAGAGACAAGGCAGCUUGGGCCAGGGCGCUGCUGUUCCUGCUGGGUAUGGGCAGAAUACCUUGGCAAACUCAAGUAUUUCUCAGCAGCACAAUAAAGGUGCACUGAAUGCAACCUUAUCGAAGCCACAGAUGGCAAGAGUACCAGCUGCUAUGGGGGCUCAAAAUCCAUCUUGGCAACACCAAGGUAUCCCUAAUAUUAACAACCAGACACAAGCAAACAGUGGCUUAGGACCAUUUACUGCCAGCUCCUCUUUCCACAUGCAGCAAACUCAUCUAAAAAUGGCCAAUCAACAGUUUGCCCAAGGAAUGCCUCAGAGCUUUGCUGCAUGGAGCAGGUGACAAGAUGACAUUAAUUUGGAAACUAAUAACAGCCUGUAUGUGAGUUACAUAUCUGGGAAGGCAGAGCGCUGAAACACCAACGUGCACUACACGUACG